AUGCGUUUGCAUUUGUUGUUGAUCGCGUUGUUUUUGUGGAGGCAAGAUGCCGUGACCGGCGUCCGCCUUCUGGAGCUGCGCGUGCCGGCACACGCGGCAGAGGGAGGUGAGGCGAUAUUAGGAUGCCAGUUCGACAUGGAGAACGACGUCUUAUACUCGGUCAAGUGGUACAAGGACGGCAGGGAGUUCUACCGCUACGUGCCACUCAGCCCCCACCCUAUCAGCCACUUCGCUACGCCGGGAGUCAUGGUUGAUGUGGGGCGGUCAUCGAACACGGUAGUGACUUUGGUACAUUUGACCCGAGAUUCCUCUGGCCUCUACCGCUGCGAGGUCUCCGGAGAAGCACCACUCUUCGCCACGGUUUACGAUGAGAAAUACAUCACAAUAUACCUAUUGCCAGAAUCUGGGCCACAGCUGACAGGGUUAGAAGAAACUUACAAAAUCGGAGAUCGCGUCAGAGCCAACUGCACGUCUCAAGGUUCGCGACCAGAAGCCCAAUUGAAGUGGCUCAUUAACAAUAGACUAGCUCCAAGGAAUUAUCUCCGGGGGCCUUGGUAUAGAACAUCAGAGCGCCCUGAUGCAGUAGAAACAAUUAUGGAGCUAACAUUUUAUGUUGGAUCGAACCAUUUCAGACUGAAUACAUUGGACCUUAAAUGUCAAGCGACGAUAGCUCCAUUAUAUCAACAAGAGACUGUACAUCAGGCGUCACAGGAGGAAAUUUCAGCCAUCGAUUCCUAUACUGAUGCGCCGAAACUGGGGGAGGAACCAAUUCCGACGUUCCCAGAUUUCGGGGAUACCAGUCAACUACAAUUCGAGGAUGACAAGAUAGAAAAUAACAAAGAUAAGGCUGCAACAAUUUCGCCUUCGCGAGUUUUAUUAUUAUUAGCAUUUAUUUUAACCUUAUGCAUAUUAGAUUGG